AUUCAAUAUUUCAUUCUCAUUUCUCACCAAAAUUCUCACUCACUAUAAAAAUCGUUUCUUAUAUGACCCUAUUUAGUUAUAAAUUAAUCCCCGUAUACAUCUAUUUUUUUUUAAAUAUUUUUAAGAAUCACCACAAUGAGUUGUCAUGACCGAUGGCGCUCAAAAGCAGAUAUCCUGGAAGAUUUAGCAGAGGUGACCGGACAGUAUACAGAUGUCGAGGAAAAGUAUGUUGUAGUGGGAGAGGGUCCUCCACCUGUACGAAGGAUGGAAGACGACGAAGAAUUCAAUUUGAGGUUUUCUGCCGCGGAUGACCCAAACGUGAUACAUUUCGAGAACAACGGGCCAGACCUCAAGGGGAUCACUCAAAUGUUGAGGAUGGUAGAUGAAUUCGACCGGCCCUCGGAUACCGUCACAUGCGUGCCAAAUAUUCAAUCUGAUUUUACUCUAACUAUAAGUAAACUCGACCCGAACGUUCCAGAGUUCGUGCCCAAAUGUGCUAAUAAUUCUAGUCCUAGUAUUAAUGUUAAUGUAAGUGAUAAACAAUGUAAAAAUGAAAACAACAAUAAUAAUAGUUCUAAAAAUAGAACACAUAAUGGAAAAUCUGAUAUAAAUGAUUCCAAUAAUGAUGGAAUAGACAAGAGAAAUCCCUCAAAGGAAGAAAUCGAAUUGAUAUCAACGCAACUAAGAAAGAAAAUAAUUGACGUGUCAGCCAAAGAAGACCUUCACGCCAAAAAAGAAAAAAAUGUUGCAAUCGCUGCUCUUUUGAAGCUGUAUACAACUCCGCGCUCGGAAGAAGAAAAACCAAUUAAAUUAAUGACUCCAUCUUAUUUCGUAUCGGCUCCGGCAGCAGCAGUACCCGUUGACGAUUCUGAAUCUACCAGCAAUGCGGACGCAUCACCAGUAGAAUUAGAAUCGUCAACACCAGAGAGCUCUAGCCGAUCUGGGAGAACUUCUCCGAAAUCGGAAAGUGACCCUCCUCACGUGAUGGAUCCCAAUAUACAAAAGUCAAUUAAUAAAGUCAAUGAUUGGUUGCACAAGCCAGAGUCGCCCAAACCCAAAGGGCCUACCCUUAGCUUGGGGCCGAUAUAUUUCAAGAAGAAGAAUAGCGGGAAGUCGAGUGACGACAGCAGGAGCAGUUCCAGUUCAACGGUUAACUUGACGCCAUCGCUCGACAUUUCUUUUAAACCUUCAAAGCUAGCGGAGGAUUUAACUAAAGAAUAUAAUCAACGAGCAAAAGCUAGUGAACAACGUGAAGCAACCUCACGAGAUGAUAAUAUAUGGGAUGUUGCCAUGAGAAAAAUGAAGGAAAAAGAAAGGAAACAGCUAGAACAAUCUUGUCUUUCUGUCAAACUUCCAGACGAUGGCACUUCAAGCUAAACGCUGGUUUUAUUAAGAGGCGACUCUGCAAUAAAAAAUAAUGUAAUAUGACGUAGUCCACUUAGAGCACCCGCCAAAAUAGCACCUGGCCUGGUAGAGCUUCUAUCGAUAACGCUAUUCGUAGAUUCAAUUUUACUAUUUAUUUUUAGUGCUUUAUGUGGACUAGGCCAGGUGCUAUUCGUGCGGGUGCUAUUUGCUCUAAGUCAGUGGUUCUUAACCUUUUAAGUCAUGAGGGACCAUUUUACCAAAUUUCUGUCUUGUCAGGGACCACCUCAUAAUCAUAAUCGGUCAAAAGUAAACCAGUUUGACUGCAAAAAUCAGUUAAAAGUGGUUUUGACUAAGGCAUGCAAGUGCACUUCGUGGACCACUUGGAAUGCCUCCAGGGACCACCAGUGGUCCGCGGACCACCGGUUAAGAACCACUGCUCUAAGUGGACCACGUAACAUGUAUUUAUUUAUUUUAUUUUAUUUGUUUAACAUUGUUGUAUUGUAUAGGUGACGUUGGCCAUGCACAGAUUGUAUUGUGUUCAUAGUCAGAUAUUUUUUAUUUACCUGUGUCGUUGUAAGUAGUUAUAUUUUGGUUGUUUGUGUGUGACAAACGAGUACUAUUAAGACGUGUUUUCAAAUCAGCAUUUUUCCUUUAACUAUAAAUCUCCUAUGUUUACUACUAUCUAAACUUAGAUGAAUUAGUCUUUUCUUUUUCAAUAAAAAUGUUUAUUUGAAAAUUCGUUUUAAACAGAUGAUGAGAUGUAGCUGGAGAGAGAUCUGGAAAGGUUGUGAAUGCUGUGUUUUGUUUGUCACAAAAGACGGAAUACAUGUACAUAAUGUACCUAUAAUUUGAUAGAAUUAGAUACUACAAUAAGUAUUAAAACUUUUUUGUUUAGGAUAAUCCCUAAAGGGGCCAUCAUGGACUUGGUUAUUUAUUCCUCUUUAGAGGUCUAGUCCAGCUAUUCUGUUUACUGAAUACGUUUUAACCGUAAGUACUCCAGAAGUAUUCUUUUCUUGCAUUGUUUUUUUUUUCACAAUAUUGUAAAAAUCGGUCGGACCGAGUAAAAGAGUCUUUACGACUGAUUUGUGAUAUUUAUUUGAAAAGUAAAUUUUAGAGAUAUGAUAAAAAAAUACGAAAAUAUGCGUGAUAUGAUACACUCCAUUGAUAUAAAGAUCGCCAAAUUGGAGAACCUGGUUCUAAUAAUAAUUAGCAACCAUAUUGCUUGCAAACAGUUUUACAUUAGGUUUUUAUUUAGGUAAGUGAUGAUUUUAUAAUAAUCGAAGCGAAAUAAAAUUUCUUUUAUUGUAAUAUUUUAACUCAAGAAAAUUGUAUGUAGCUAUAAAGUCCAUUUGCGAUAAGUUUAAUUUUAUUAUGAAAUAAUUGAUCCCAAAGUGAAAAUAAACCAA